CAUCUACAAACAGCAGCAAAGAAGAAGACGACGAAGCGCUUUUGUUUACUUUUGUUGUCAUCUAAGAACUUCGUUUUUUUAAAUUAUUAUUUCAAGAAUCAUUUAUUACACUUUAAUCGCGACAGGAGCUGUUGUAAGGCUGAGAGAGCGGGUUGUGUUCAUCUGUUACUGAGAGCAGCCGAUAAUAGUUGAUAAGCAGAUAAUAAUUGAUGGCCGAGGGAAGCAGCAAUCUGAGCAGUGCUCCUCCAGGAGACCCGCAGCUCAUCGAGCUCAUAGUGCAGCACCUGAAGAACAGAGGCCUGUUUGAUGAGUUCAGACGAGACUGUCUGGCAGACGUGGACACGAAGCCUGCUUAUCAAAAUCUACGACAGAAGGUGGACAACUUUGUGUCCAAUCAUCUCAGUACUCAAGAAUGGAAUCCGUCCAUCAACAAGAACCAAGUGAGGAAUGUCUUGAGACAAAGCGUGGUUCAGUCAGGGAUGUUGGAAUCAGGAGUGGACCGUAUCAUUACUCAGGUGGUGGAUCCUAAACUGAACCAUAUCUUCAGGCCACACAUCGAGGACGCCAUUCAUGAUUUCCUAGCCACAGAGAAGAAAGAAGAGGGCGUACCGAAUUCAGCCCCUGAUGCUGAACAACAGGAAACAUCAAGCAACACUGCAGCCAAAACACAAUGAGGUGUUUCCAGUACCUGGGAAAUGACAAAGUGUUACAUGUGCAGGAAAAACACUUUUUUUUUUUCUUCUAAGUUUUUACAUGUUGCACUCAACCAUAACUUUUAAUAUUAGGGGUGGAGCUAUUUUUUGUUUGAUUCCACUUAGAAGUAUCUUAUUCCAACAUUUCUCAGCAUACACUUAUCGUUAAGUGUCAAUAUCGAACCCUAAAGGCCUGUCACACCAAGAACGAUAACUAUAAAAAUAACGAUAUUAGCAUCCACACCAGCGAACGAUAUUGUCUGUGUAUUCUAAGCGGACGCAGGUCUGCUGCUUUAAAUUCUCGAGCUCAUUACAGCAGGAUUGAUUCUGAUUGGUUGGCAAUGUUUUUAUUGUUCAUCAGAAAAAAAAUCGUUCUGACAGUGAUUCCAACGAUAUCGUUUCUCUGUGCCUUUAUCGUUAUCGUUGUGGUGUGGACUCCGCUAUUCUUUAAUAUUGAGAACGAUUUUUAGAACUACAUCUUUAUCGAUAUCUUUAUAGUUAUCGUGCUUGAUGUGAAUGGGCCUUUAUAUUGAAAGUGAUGCGAGUGCAACAUGUAAAAACGUAUUGUAUAUAUUAUUAUAAAAGUAAUUUGUUUUUCCUGCACAUGUAACACUUUGUCAUUUUCCAGUUACUGUACAGAGACACUUUUUUUUUUUUUGCUGACACAUGAAGAUCACCAAAAGUUGUGCUUCUGUGCUUGGCUAGACUGGAUGAAGAAUAGCUGAGCACUGGAAUAUUGGAAGUUUGCACUAAUUUAAAGUGGUUGGAUAGAAUUUUUUAGAAUUUUUUUUACAGUAUGUGUGUGUUUAGCAUGUUACAAAACAGCAGGUUGUCCAUUCCCAAGCCUCUAUAGUCUGGUUUAAUUCUUUCAGCACUAAAAACCAAACAAAGCUGAUUUAUCCAAAUUAAAAUAAAUGCAUCUCAAAAUGACAUUGAUAAAAAGUACAUAAUUCUUAUUUGGACUGAAUGCAGACUGAAAUUAACCUUUUUAUGCAACUGGUUUUAUGAAAUGCUUCUUGUUUUUUUCUGGUGGUAUUCUAAUGAGACUUAUAGCAAUGUUUGUACAAUAAAUGUAACUUUUUAACAAAA